AUGAGCAGCACAAAAGAUGGAGGUUGCAGUGAAGAGUCGUCACCAAGCAUGGGUCGCCCAAGCCGCCGCUGCCGUCAGAAGACCAUGCAGCAAGACACACCUCCCAUGCGCAGAAGUCAACGACACUUGAGGCCGACACAAACCAUUAAAGUCGAAGAUGAUCUGAUGUCACCUGCACACAAUGAUGUCAAUGAUAACCUUGAUCAUAACUUGGAAGCCAAGUAUAGUACAUCCGAAUCUCUUUUAGAUAAGUUGAGUGGUGUUAGCUCAGUUCCAUCUCUUAUUUGUGGUCCAGAAAUAGUAAAUGUUUCUGAUUCAGUUCAUGUUGAAUCAGUGUUAAGCAAAGAAAAUGCAAACAAAGAACUGGUCAAGCAUGAAUUUUCAUCAGAAAUUAAACCUAAUGCAAAUGUCAGUAAGUUGUUUACUGAACCAACAGCAAGUUGUUUACCUACAGUCAAAGAUUGCAACAUAAAAGGAUCAAGCAACAAGGAAACUAUAUCUGAUGAGUCAUCUGUAAGCGAGGCCUCUGAGAAGAAUGAACAGAGUUUGAAAAGUAGGACCUUAAUAGAGCCACGCCAUGAUUUUGGUAGCCUACCUGACUUGUGCUCUGGUGCCAAAAAAUCAAGAAAUGCUGCUGCUGAACCUGAGUCAUCAUCGGCAGAUGUCUCCAGUGAAGAUAAUAAGCCUGGAUAUCUUAGGAACACCAGCGAGAAUAAGAAAAGGACUGCAGCCACUGGCAAUGAUUGGACAAGACCUAAAGUCCUGAGAGUGGAUGAACAAAACCCAGAUAUUGGCUCCAGCAGAAAAAAGGUAUGUUCUUCUCCAACUACUCCAAAACUUAGCAGUAUUGAAUCAGUUAACAGCAAGAAUUUCACCAAGGAUUCAAUAGCGUGUCAAGAUGAUAAACAACUCAAAGAAAGACGAACUCCUGGUAUCAGCGAUUCAAAUGCAGCCUCUAAAGUUUCUAGUGCCAGAACUGUGGCAGCUGUUGGUAAUCUUUCAUCUUCUGCCAUUUCUCCCGCAUCCUCGAAUGUCUCACCGUCCCCUCUAGACAAGACGACGCUUGUAAGCAGUCCAUCACAGCCAUCACCGUGUGAUACCAAUAACUCUGUGUCAUCAGUCUAUGAAAACAUCAUCAACAAUAACCACAUCAGUAAAGAUGCACACAAGUUGGGGAAGUUGAACUCUAUUCAUGUCUCCACCAGCAGCAAAGAUUCUUCAUUUGUGUCUGAAAUUGAAAGAAAAAUGUCCAGAUCAUCUACAAGUCCUGACUGCUUAUCAGCUGAAGAAGCUUUCCUAGCAUUUGGAAGUUCUCCAAAUCCACCAGAUUUUUUAGCUUUAUGUAACCUCGGUCCUCCAUACCCCAGAAGUUUAUUUAGUAAUUUUAUUUCCCAAUCGUCUAUUAACAAGGUUUCAUUGCUGAAACCUUGUUAUGAUAAUGGUGUUGGCAGUGUUACAAGCUUAUCUUCUAAUUUGGAUUCAGAAAAAUCUUCUCCUGUGAAAAAUACUCUUCCAGAUGUGAGCAGCAAUUCUAAUCACUUGUUAUCUUCAUCAAUCGCAUGUAGAAACCAGCCAGUUUUUGAUACAUCAUCAUUUGGUUCUACUCUGCUGAGUCCAGUGCCUCUCCCUGGCCAUGAUUUUUGCAAUGGAAACUCCACUGCCACGAAGAUCGAGUUAUCCAGUACAAGUCCUAUCAAAGAUCCCUGUGAAAACAUGAUGAAACCAGCACCAGCUAGUGUUAGUCCCUCUGCAUCUAAAAUUGCUAUUGUACAUCCAUCACCUCAGUUACUUGGUGCUGCAUCGACUGCUUCUCUAACUUUGUCCUCUCCUCACUUGACUUUACCUCCUGUUGCUGCUUCUAAUGCUUGCUUGCCUUUUAAUGCCAUGGGUUUUGCUCAACCUCCGUACAUGAAUGUUCUGUCUCCGCCAUACUACAAUAUGUUGUCUCCAACCAUUUUAAGUUCAGAUGCUCAUUUCUCCCAUUUGUGUGCCUCUUCAACUCCAGUUAGUGAUUCUCAAGCCAGUGCUGCUAAGUGUGCCAGACUGUCAACUGAUGAUAGAAAAGGUAUUGAAGCUCUAGAAUCUCCUAUCUCACCUCACUCUUUUAGAGGAUCAUUGGUUGCUUCUUCUGAGUUUCCUAUGAAUCUCAUUCCCCUGGAUUCUCAACCCUCUCGUGCCAUAUAUGAUCAUAGACCAAUAAGUGAUAAUCAGAUAACUGAUAUUCCUGUGGCCACUAAAAGCAAAGGAACCUUAUCUUCUUCGCCUAGUCUGAUUGCCAGGAAAGAACCUCGUAAGUUUGAACUCACUAUACCACUUGGACCAUCAUUGAAGAGACACAGAGAUCAGCAGAAAAUGAAAGAGAACAUAUCAAAAGCCUUGUCUCUUGAUGCCAUCAAAUUCUCUUUAGACAAGGAAGGUUUUAGCAGCAAUACACGCGUUUCUUCUAAGAUAAAUGCUGGUGGUGAUAAACUUCUGACGGCUGACACCAGUGAACCUAGGACUCGUAUACCCAUGGACGUUGUCAAUACUCACUUCAUUUGCUCGCUCUGCAACGGAUACUUCGUUGAUGCUACCACCAUUGUUGUGUGUCUGCACAGCUUUUGCUGCGCAUGCAUCGUACGUUACCUGGAGCACAGCGUGUUCUGCCCCGUGUGCGAGGUGCUGCUCCAUGCCACCGUCCCCACCUCCAAGCUCCGGCCUGACCCUCAGCUCCAGGCUCUGCUAUAUGCCAUCCUCCCUGAACUAUAUUAUGAGGAGCAGCGACGAAGGCGAGAAUUUUACAGUUCAAGUAAAGGGAGAAUCCGCGACGAAAAGCUUUGCCGCGUCAUCCCUGAAGAUCCUUCACUCGUGUCUUUAUCUGCAGGACGCCAGCCGUCUCUGCCAAAAAUUUCUGAACCUUUGAGAUCUGAUACGGGAACUGGGAGUGGUGGAGUUCUGUGCUCCAAGCUUGAAGACCAGAACUCCAAACGAGUUAGUCUGAUGGCCAGCUCUGAGAACCUGCUCCAGAAACCUGAGAACCUGCUCCAUAAAUCUGAGGGCCUGCUUCAGAAACCUGAGAGCCUGCUCCAUAAAUCUGAGGGCCUGCUCCAGAAACCGGAGGCCCUGCUGCACAAAUCUGAGAAUCUGCUCCAGAAACCUGGGAACCUGCUCCAUAAACCUGAGAACCUGCUCCAGAAACCUGAGAACCUGCUCCAGAAGCCUGAGAACCUGCUCAAAAAACCUGAGAACCUGCUCCAGAAACCUGCGAACCUGAUCCAGAAAUCUGAGAACCUGAUCCAGAAAAUUCUCCAAGUCUAA